CCUCAAGGCUUCUUCUUUCCAAAGCUCAAUGAGUAUUUGGAGAGCAGAGCAAGGAUUAACAUAAACAAUUUUAACAGGGGAAUUUUCUAUCGGCUCUUUUCGUCGUUUAGUUCCGUUUUUAACAGGAGACGUUUUUUCAAGAUCAAGAUCCUGUGACUUGAAUUUCACAGUUGUCUGCUCUUUACGAAGAUCCUAAACAAAAGCUCAUAAAUACGCAAUUGUCCUGCGUAAGUCGGCCUCCAGAAAAGAGGAGCCCAUUUUAUUAAAAAUAAUCAACGAACACAAGCAGCAAUUUAAAAAAAAAUGAGAAUGUCAGGACACCCUACCCUAGGAAACAGUGUGCUUCAACUGUCUCCUAGCGGGUAAUAUCUCGAAGCCAUGAGUUAUAAUAUCAGCGAAAAACAGAUAAAUGAAUUUAAAGAGGCUUUUUCUCUUUACGAUCCGCAAAACCUGGGUGCUCUUCCCAUUACAGAACUAGGAAAACUUAUGCGCUCUGUGGGACAAACUCCAACUGAGAAGGAGGUACAAGAGAUUAUUAGAACUUUAAAAGAGGAGGGAAAGCAGACCAUGGAUUUCCAAGAUUUUCUUCAAAUAAUGGCGAAAAACAUGAAAGACUGCAUUCCCGAAGAGAAAGUUAUAGAAGCUUUUAAAGUUUUUGAUAAAGAAGGAAAAGGGCUAAUUAGCGCACAGGAACUUCGUCACAUAAUGACUUCCAUAGGAGAAAAACUCACAGAGGAAGAAGCCGAUGAAAUGAUGAAAGAAGCAGAAAUUGACAAAAAUGGAAACAUAGAUUAUGCUGCUUUUGUUAAAAAGAUGGUUAGCUUGUGAAUCUAGCUGGUCCCAACACAU